UUUUUCCAUUUUACUAAUCAAACUUGAAAAUUCAUUAUUCAUCAAGCUAGUUAUUAUUUUAUAUUGAGAGAGAGAAAAAAAACAUGGAAUUCAUCCAAUUUGCAAGCAUGUUAGGCAUGUUCACAAUUUUGUGUGUGUUAUGUAAAGUUUUAUAUUCUUGGUGGAUUAUGCCUAAACUCAUGUAUAGGAAACUUAAGGCAAAUGGAUUUGAGGGACCAACCCCUAAUUUUCCACUUGGGAAUAUUAACGACAUGAAGAAAGAGCUAAUGAUGAAGAAAACUUCUUUUACUCCUUCAUCUUCUUCUGUUAAUGAUAUUAGCCAUGAUAUUCAUUCAUUGGCAUUUCCUUACUUUGCUACAUGGCAGAAAUUGCAUGGAAAAGUAUUUACAUACUGGCUAGGAACAGAACCAUUUGUCUACAUUGCUGACCCAGAAUUUAUCAAGAAGAUGUCUGCUGGAGUUAUGGGUAAAACUUGGGGAAAACCAACAGUGUUUAAAAGGGAUAGAAAAGCCAUGUUUGGGAAAGGACUUGUUAUGGUAGAAGGAGAUGAAUGGGUUAGACACAGGCAUAUUAUUACUCCUGCUUUUACCACAGCCAACGUGAAGGGGAUGGCAAGCUUAAUGGCGGAUUCCGCCACACACAUGCUAGACCGUUGGGCUACACUCAUCGAUUCUGGGAACGCGGAAAUCGAUGUAGAGUCCGAAAUCAUAAAUACAGCAGGAGAAAUCAUCGCAAAGACAACCUUCGGUAUUAGCUACGAAGAAGGCGAAAAAGUAUUCAAAAAAUUAAGAAACAUGCAAGUCACACUAUUCAAGUCUACGCGUUAUGUAGGGGUACCGUACGGAAAUCAAAUAAUGUGUCUAAAAGAGACCUUAAAAGCCAAUAAUCUAGGCAAGGAGAUCGAUUCGCUCCUCAUUUCAAUUAUUGAGGAGCGAAAAAAGACAAGUGUUGAUCGUACAGAGCACGAUCUUCUGAGUCUUCUACUAGCGGGGAAUGGGAGGAUGUUGAGUACGAGGGAAAUGGUGGAUGAAUGUAAAACGUUUUUCUUCGGAGGACAUGAGACCACCGCGCUGGCUCUCGCGUGGACUUUGUUGCUGCUGGCACAGCAUCCGGAGUGGCAAACUCAGCUCAGAGAGGAAAUCAAACAAGUGAUGGGUGAUGGUGAAAUAGAUGUCACUAAGCUUGUUGGUCUUAGGAAGAUGGGAUGGGUGAUGAAUGAAGUACUAAGACUAUACUCACCAGCACCAAAUGUACAGAGGCAAGCUAGAGAAGACAUUCAAGUGGAUGACUUGGUCAUCCCUAAUGGAACAAAUAUGUGGAUUGAUGUGGUGUCCAUGCAUCAUGACAAGACACUUUGGGGUGAAGAUGUGAAUGAGUUCAAACCAGAAAGGUUUAAGGAUGACAUCCAUGGUGGAUGUAAACAUAAGAUGGGAUUUAUGCCUUUUGGUUUUGGAGGAAGGAUGUGCAUUGGUAGGAAUUUGACUAUGAUGGAGUACAAGAUUGUCUUGUCCUUAAUCUUGACAAGGUUCUCCUUUUCCAUUUCACCUAACUAUAAACACUGCCCCUCUAUCAUGCUUUCUCUUCGACCCACACUUGGAUUACCUCUUAUACUCCAACCACUUUAAUUUAGCAUAUUAGAAUAAUCAGCAAACUAGUACCUAGUUAAGCUCUGAGAGUUAGCCAAAUCUGUCUGAAUUUUGGUUUUGUACUCUUACUAUACUUUGUUUUUUAAAAAAAAACUUUACACGGGAGAAUGAGGAGCAAUGGCUUACAGAAGUAUACCUCAUUUUCCAGGAGUCGAAUUCAUGUACUGAUUAUAUCAUCAAAGUGAA